AUGGGCCCCUGUACCGCCUCCUCAUGCUGCUGCCAGGCCCGUAAUCUGCCAUGGGCCCCCGUACCGCCUCCUCAUGCUGCUGCCAGGCCCGUAAUCUGCCAUGGGCCCCCGUACCGCCUCCUCAUGCUGCUGCCAGGUCCAGAGUGUGUCAUGGGUCCCUGUACGGCCUCCCAUUGCUGCUGUCUCCAUCGCCACACUCUGCCAUGUGCCACUUUCAGGUCUCCUCACACUGCUGGUGGGUUCCAUUUUUGUCAUAGGGUGCUGUAUGGCCUCCCAUUGCUGCUGCCUCCACCGCCACACUGUGGCUCCACACUCUGGUUUUGGCCCCGUGACUGCCCAAAUGAGUGAAGUGUGCGGUGAUUCUAAGAUCGACGGCACUCAUCUGCAUGUCAUACUGACUGACAGUAUUAUUUCUCUUCCCCAGCAGACUCCAAGGGCAUUUAAAUUAAAGGUACAGUGUUCUGCACUAAUAUAA